GCACGAGGAGGACCAAAGGAGAGCGUAGUGGCGGGAGACGAGCGAGGUUAAACACAACAAUAACAACCGUCAGAUAUCUUGAUUUGUGCAACACGACUCAGCUUCCGGACAUUAGGCCGGUGCAGACUUCGGAGGAAAUAAACAAACACCAGGACCAUCAUAGUGAGGAAAACCAUGAAGUUGUGUUUAUGGCUGGACGUGCCUCUCAUUGUUUCCCUGUUAAUGUUGUGGUGCCAAGCAUUCAACGUCCGUGAAACCUCAGUUAAUGAACCCGUGACAUUCCCGUGUACCUGCCGUGGAAACUCGCCAGUGGUUGAGUGGACCCGCUUCAUUCCCAGUUCAACCCGCAUUGCUUAUUGUCAAAGGCAGACAUGUCAGAUUGAAGAGCGUUAUGAGGAAAGAUUUGAAGUGUCUAGAGAUACCAGCGGAGGAAAUUACUUCCUGAGGAUUAACGCGGCAGCCUACAAUGAUGGCGGGUCCUACAAGUGCACCUGCAAUGGAGAUGAAGUCACUGAUGUAAAACUUAAAGUCUAUUUUGCCAUAGUCGUAAAUGCUUUUGAGGGGAAUAACAUCACUCUGCCGUGUUACGCAAACACUCGGCGUGAUGCCAAGGAUGCGCAGUGGAAGAAAAAUGGGGAAAAAUUGCUGGAGUACCCUGGUGUGGUUACAAAUGCCUCAGGGGGCAGAUUUGCAAUGUCACAAAAUGGCUUUAAAAGAGGUGAUUUGUCACUCUACAUCACGUCAGUUCAGAAGCUUGAUGCUGGAUUUUAUCGGUGCCUUAUUCAUGAUGAAUCUCGUGAUGGUGACCCAGCUGCUGUUCUACUAAAGGUGGAGGUAUACGAACCACGGCCAACCCCCAACAGCUACGGACAACUAGCAGUAGGACUAGGAGUAGUACUGGGCCUGGUCCUACUCGUAGACAUUGUCAGAUUGAUUACAUUCUUUGUGAGAAGAUUUAAAAGACCACAAAAUGCAUCACCCACCCGUGUGAGCACUCCUGUUCAGGAGGAACAACAAAUGUUCCCGAAGACUUCUUCAACACGGCCAAUCCGGGACUAGUUCUUAGUCAACAAAGAUCUGGCACACUGCAUUUUUUUUAUUUUUAUUUUAAUUUUUUAAAUCGGGGAAUUAUGUAGAAGGACAAUUUAGAGCGCUCGCCCUAUCAUCCGGUGAGCGCUGGUUCGAACCCCGGAUGAUGCUGUUUUUCUCUUACAGCCGGAGGCACAGAGAGAGCUGAUUGGCCAAGCUCUCUCAGGGGGGAGGGAUGAGAGGUACUUGCGCUUUCACAUUAAUCACGGCUCUACAGCUAAUCAGGGGCGUCUGUGAGCUCCGUAGAAGUUACGACUGCAUUAUAUUUGCUAAAAUGUGAAUCACGAUUUUUCAGUCUGAGAAUUAUCAUGAUUCUCUCAGUUUUUUUUUUUCUUUUUUCUUUUUUAUUCCUCCAACUAAAAUAUUUAUUGCACUUAAAAAUGCUGCCUACACAGGACUUUUACAGUAACUGUAGUCCUGUAACAAAAAGGCACAAUUAAAAAUAACUAAUAAAUAUUUUAUAUAAUUCUACUUCAGCCAACUACAGCACUUUUACAUAAUUUUAGUUAACAUCCUUCUAGUAUAUUUCUACCAUCUAUGAUCUGUUUUAAGUCUUUAUGUAACAGCUAGAAUUAACACUUUAGGUUUAAAUAGGUUUAAGGAUUAGUUAACCAAUAGAGUAAGUUAUAGCUCAAUUAAAAUUGCACGUCUGUCUUUAAAAAAAAAAAAAAAAUUAUGCACUUUCUGAGUAUUUGUAUUUCUGUUAUUUCAUUAUAGUGCUACAUCGUUCAGAUUUAUUGCACUUUUAUUGUAAGGGAUUUGAGUCGAUUCGACAUUCGGUCAUUCCCCAUGGUUCAGCAGGCACGUGGACCAUGGAUUAAUCGUGAAGUUUAACCAUCAUAGUGUAUUACUGUUUACAAACUAAUUUUACUGCACACGAACAAAUGACAGUUUUCAAAUAUAUAUAUGUUUCUUGCCAAACAAUCCGAGACCAAAAACAGCGGUAUGAUUUGAACCGUAAGCUUUGUGAUCCAUAUAACAAUAAUUGACCAGAAUCUAAUAAUUUGAGAAGAUGCAGUUUAAAGAAAGGGAGAGCAAUACUAAUACAAUUUUUUUUUUUACUCAGGGCUUUUAAUAUUAACAUUAUGACCCUGUCUUAUAGAUCUUUUAUUCGGGUGAGAUUAACUUGCAAUAUUUAUUUGACAGCCUAAACAUCGCUGUUGAGGAGCACCAUAACUAUUUUUACUGCUUUUUGUUUCACUACUGAUUUAUGUUGCUGCGUAAAAAAUAUAUUAUUCCUUUCCAUUCCAUUUUUUUUGUUGUUUUUACUGUCUUUGGUGGCUUUUAUUAAAUGUCUUUUGGUCUUCAUUUUAGAUAAGAUAUUUUUUAACUUAUUGAGUUGUAUAAUUAAUCUUAAAAAUAGGUAAAGGAUAAAUAAUGUUAACUCAAAUAAGCAUUUAAAAUUUUCUUGUCCUACAUCUUUAUUUGCACUAAUAAAGUUACACCAAGGUCCAGAAAAGAA